AUGGCAACAGGCACCAGUGCCACUGAAGAUGCGGGCUCCGACUUUGUCGAGUGGCACCCGGCUGCGCUUGUGCAAGGCAGAAACACCAGGCAGCCGGCGCCAGAGUUUGCCCUAAUCGUACUCAACCAGCCCAUCAAGAAUCACCUUGCUGUGAUCCGCCUCUUGUGGCACAAUGCAUCGGUUCGCGUAGCCGCAGACGGUGGCGCAAACCUCCUGUAUGAAGUUGGCGGGCAGCGCGGCGAUGCCUCAUUUGACGACCUCCGCGUCAUCAUCGGCGAUCUAGACAGCCUGUCAGACGAGACGCGCGCCUACUACGAAUCUCGAACUCUGCCGCCAUCAAAGGAGGCGACUCAGGUGAUCCACGACCCGGAUCAGUAUUCGACCGAUUUCGGCAAGGCGGUUGCGCACACAAGGGAACACUUCUGCAGCCUAGAGCCCGCGAGGCCCUUGGACAUUGUCGCUGUCGGCGGGCUGGGUGGACGCGUCGACCAAGGCCUCAGCCAGGUGCACCACCUCUACCUGUUCCAAACCCACCCGCGCUAUGAGGACGGACGCCUGUAUCUGUUCAGCGGCGAGAGCCUGACGUUCCUGCUCAAGGCGGGCCACCAUCGGAUCCGCGUGCGCGACGGCCCGGCCGGCGAGGCGGAUGUGUUUGACAAGUACGUCGGCAUCCUGCCCGUGAAGGAGCCGAGCCGCAUCACGACCAAGGGGCUCGAGUGGGACGUGAAGGACUGGGAGACCGAGUUUGGCGGCCACCUGAGCACCAGCAACCACGUGCUGCCCGAGACGCAGGCGGUCGAGGUCUACACCACCAAGGAUGUCGUGUUCACGAUCGCGCUGAGGCACGCCUAG